AUGAAUUUCAACAAGGACAAGACCAUGGCUCAGCCAGAGAUGGUAUCACAGGGAGCGUAUUAUACCCCCCGAGACCCAGGCGAUUACUACGAUUUAUCACAAGUACCUCACCAAGAAAAGACCAGAAAGCAGAAACUGAUGUGGCGCCUUAUAGCAGGUGGUCUUGCAUUGGUGAUUGUGAUUGUGGUAGUUGUGGUGGCUGUGGUAGUGACCCGGAAGCACAAGACAAACGAUACCCCUUCAUCUCAAUACGCCGUAUCUCCUUAUGCCAAUCUUAUCCGCCUUGGCCCCGAGGCAGGUACCCAGUCACUGGAAUCCAAGACAGGGAGAAUUCUGGUGGUCGGAGAUGUGCAUGGAUGUGUGAAUGAAUUCAACAAACUGGUUGACAAGCUAGAGCUUACCAGCCAAGACCAAUUGAUUCUCGCCGGAGACAUUACCUCUAAAGGGCCUGACAGUAUUGGAGUGCUACGAAAAGCAAAGGAGAUCGGAGCAUUGUGUGUGCGUGGUAACCACGACGACAAGGUGGUUCGAUUAAAGACCUUUGAACUCCAGAAAGGCGCUGGUGCAAUGUCACCCUCAAAAGCUGUCAUGCCAGAGGGCAAUGUUGGCGAUCCUCUUAAAUUCAGCAAUUACCACUCUGUCCUAGCAAAGAACAUGACAAUGGAUGAAUACAAUUAUCUGUCUAGCUGCCCAAUGAUUCUCAGUUUCCCAUCCCUCAAUAAUUCAGUGGUUGUUCAUGCUGGCCUAGAUCCCACUAUUCCUGACCUCAACAACCAGGUUCCUUACCUGGUAAUGAACAUGCGUGAUAUCGAUCAUGGCUUACCAACUCCAGACAACAAAAUCGGGACUCCCUGGGCAACCCUGUGGAAUGCUGCUCAGCAGAAUCAAAGCCAACCAACCCGAGUGUUUUAUGGCCAUGCGUCUAGCCGAGGUCUCCAGAUCGACAAAUACACGUUUGGAGUAGAUACUGGAUGUGUAGAUGGUGGCCAUUUGACAGCAAUUGAUAUGAAGACUCUUCAGUUGACUAGUGUUAGUGUAUUUGCAGCAAAAGAAAUCACCUACCGUGUGGUAGUUGACUCUGCAAAUCUGGGAAACAUGGUCGGCGUCGCGAUUGGACAGGAUAUCUAUGCCCUAGACAAAGAUCCGGGUGUUCCGAUGCUUUAUGUAGGAAGAGGCCCAAGUGAAUCCCACUAUCGCUAUGUGAUCCUAGACAGCCCAGAAACCAAAAACAUGAUCGACUUUGAGAAAUUCGAACGGCCGGCAAUAAUCCAUGCCGACGCGACAUUCAAUGAGGUGUUUGGCCGACCAUGGAACCUGCUCAGACUAGACAGCCUUCCGACACUCUAUGAGCCACGGGUCCCCAACAAUACCCCAUCUAGGCUAUUUGAAGACGGAACAAUUGCAACCAUGCACUUUGAAGCCAAUGAAGAUGAAAUUGCAGAAAUGCAUGCCAACAAAUUAAAGAAGAUCAAAGUAUCCGGAAGACUGACAUACAUAAAUUAUGAUUCAGUUCAACAAUUUGAUCAAGUUAAAAUCAAGAUGGGCGGGCAUUCGAGUCGUGAAUGGUCCAAGGUUCCUUACAGAGUCAAGAUACCCGUGGAUACUGCACCCCAAGGACUGUAUCGUAGAUGGGAUCUCAAGCUACGUCCAGGAGCUACUGAUCCAACCAUGUUGAGAGAAAAGGUGUAUGAUGAUCUACUUCAAGCAGUGGGUGUGACGGCUGCAAAAGGAACAUAUGUAAGAUUUUACAUUAAUGACACGCCUGUUGGACUUUACCUACUUGCUGAUGAUUCGGCAUCAGAUUCUUUUAUUCGAGAGACAUUCCACCAAGGGAAUCCUAAUGUUGCGUUGGGAGAAUUUGUACAAGGCGAUGCGGGCAAGGGAGAUUAUGCAGCCAAUUUGGGAUUUUUGGGGGAGACGGAGGAGGCGUACGAUGACAAGGUGUACGAUGUAAAGAUUGAUGGGCCUGAUGACCAAUCGGAUGCAAUGGCCAGCUUGAUAAGCUUUAUGAAGUUCAUUCGAGACUACAAUCCGCAGACUGUGCCUGAUUCAGAAAAGGUUCUUGAGCUCUGGGAGCCUUGGAUUGACAUGAUCUCUUACCUUCGCCAGGCCGCAAUAGAGUGGAUUGGAGGAAAUUGGGAUGGUAUCCAGUACUCUGGCAAUAAUUAUGCUCUUUACAGAGUACCCUCGACAGAACAGUACAUGGCUAUUCCGAUGGACUUUGAUUUCACAUUUGGCAACGGACUUGAGGAAGAUCAGCAACACUUGUUGACCGGCAAAUGGAGCCAGUUCACCCAAGACCGGAUCAUCCAUUCCUAUUUGUGGGAGAAUAUCAGACAGACACCUUAUCUGGUGCGGCUGUACGAGUCUAUUCUGGCAGACGUCAAUCAAAAUGUGUCGAACCCCCAAAAGAUGAACGAUCGAAUUGAUGCCUUGGCAUACAUGAUCCAGCAUGAUGUUAACUGGGAUCGGUCCCUGCCACGUCUGACGGUGGGAAAGACACGUUCGGCCUCAAGAAAUUUCCUGGAUUCGCUUGAACAGGGCACGGAUGAUCUGGACGAGCGGAUCGGACUCAAGGAAUGGGUUAGGGAAAAGUACGCAGCAAUCAAUAGAGAUGUUGGAGCCCAAGGUUCGGAGGAUGAUACACAAGAAGCGGAUACCUUGCCCGAAAAAGAAGAUGCUUGA